AUGGUGGAGAUGAUCGACUUUGAAUGUCUUCCUGCUGGACCAAACCAAUACGCAGCUCUCAAGGACGCUAGAUUGACUUUGAAGGGUGUCCUAUGGUGCAUCAGGCUACUUGGGGUAGAAGCAUGGGGUUUCAAACGUAUGCAAAUCCUUGGGGAAGACUGCACCACAGGCAUAUACGAUAUGCCGGAUGGUGAGGUCUUCUGGGAUGUACGUGGCGAGGUGAGUGCUUCGGGUGGGGAUACAAGCUCGUGCGAGUCGAAAAAUUCCGCUGCGUAUGGCAGUGGCGAGGGGGAGGUAGGCGACUCUGAUCCAGAGUUCGAUGACGAGGACGAUGAGUCUGAUCAAUGCUCUCGCUCUGAUGGGAGCAGCUCCGUUGACAUUGACAGCCUGAAUAGAGCAGAUGGAGAAUUUGCAUUGCUGAAUGUUGUGGGUUUUGUGUGGUUCUUGGUCUUACGCCGAUGCGGCGAAGGCGAAGGCGAUUAUACAUUCCGACGAUUGUGUCCCUUUAUCAGAUAUGCUGGGUUGAAUAUCCAGGAACAAGAAAUGGGAGACGUCAGGCAAAUCACAUUGGUAUAG